AUGGAGACUCGCAUGAGUCAAAUGGUAACUGCCAUUAAUCGCCUGGAGUCCCACGUCUAUGGAAAAUUGCCAUCGCAACCUGAAGCAAACCCCAAAAAUGUAAGUGCCAUGACAUUAAGGAGUGGCAAGGAAGUGGAGGGGCCAAAGGUCACGAACUUGAAGAGUAAAAGUGAAGACGAGAUCGAGAAAGAGAUAGAGGAAGAAGGACACAUUCGUGGAGAUCCUGAGGUAACUCGUACACCAUCAAUACCCGUUAAAUCUAAUUUACCCAUUUUUCCAUGCAGGUUGGCAAAGACGAAGAAGGCAGAGAAGGAAAAAGAGAUUCUGGACGUAUUCAGGAAAGUGGAAAUCAACAUCCCCUUGGUGGAAGCAAUUAAGCAAGUGUCGAAGUACGCAAAAUUUCUCAAUGACUUAUGCACCCAUAAGAGGAAAUUGAGAGGGGAUGCAAGAGUAGCGGUGGGAGAAAACGUAUCAGCCAUGCUCCAAAGAAAGUUUUCACCAAAGUGUGGAGAUCCAGGCAUGUUCACGAUCCCGUGCAAAAUAGGAAAUACACCGAUUGGAAAAGCAAUGUUAGAUUUGGGGGCGUCAAUUAAUGUGAUGCCAAAGACCAUUUUUGCUUCCCUGAACCUUGGGCCACUAAAAGAAACAGCCAUCAUAAUCCAACUAACUGAUCGCACAAAUGCUUAUCCAGAGGGGCUAGUUGAGAAUGUUUUGGUUCAGGCAAUGAAAUAUCCAGAGGAAUCUAACUCAAUCUUUGUUUUGAGUGUUAUUGAGCCGUUUGUGCAGGAAACUUUUGAAUUGAAUGGUGAAGAUGCAUUAGAAGUGGCCCUAACCAAGCAUUUUGAGUUGGGUGUGACUCUUGAUGUGGACAUGAGGAAUGAGCUACACCACACAGUUGAAGCCCUGCACUCACUUUCAACCGUAUCUCCAAGGUAUGAGCUUGCUUCUCUUUUUGUACCAGAGGCUCAGACAAAGUCGCUUCCUUCAAUUGUACAGGCACCAGAAUUAGAGCUAAAACUUCUCCCAAAACAUCUAAAGUACGCAUUCCUAGGAGACCGGAAGACGCUUCUCGUGAUCAUCUCGGCACAUCUAUCUCCAAGUCAAGAGGACAGACUGGUGCGAAUCCUUAGGGAGUAUAAGGAGGCAAUUGGGUGA